GGCAUUCCGCUGUACGUGCGCGGAAGGCGAGUAGCGGAGCUGCUGCUGAGGGUGCUAAUGGAGAAGAAGGGGCUUGACCGCGCGGACAGGGUGGUUGUGUCGGGGAGUUCAGCGGGAGGCGUGGCGGCGCUGCUGCACUGCGAUCGAGUGAGGGACACUCUCACAGCCGCCUCUCCUUCCAUGCACGUCCGCUGCCUUGCUGACGCUUCCAUGUUCCUUGACGUUCCUGAUGUCAACAACACUAGGAGGGUUGCCAACUUUUUUGCUCAAGUGAAGGACAUGCAUAAUCUGACCGCCAGCCUCCCAGCAGCGUGUGUCCAGGAGCGAGAGCCAGAGAACCACCAUCAGUGCUUCAUGGCCAACCAUAUUGUGCAGCACGUCACAACGCCUCUCUUCCUCAUCAACAGCAACUACGACAAAGUUGCGAUGAGGGCCAUUGCAACGCCGCAGUUGCUGGAUACGGGGAUCAUUUCGGAGGCAAACCUUCCCCCGGACUGCUUCAACCAUGUCAGCAAGUGCACUGAUGCCGAGAAGCGAGUCAUUGAGGAUUUCCGCAAGGGAGUGGCGUCAGCAGCGGCUCCUCUCCUCCACACCGACCCACCGUCAGCCACCUCUUCAUCACCAUCUUCACCGCACUCCACACCAGCCAACGCCGCCUUCCUCUUCUCCUGCUUCCAGCACGGCUCCAUCCACUCAGACAUGCCGUGGACUGUGCGCACGGCAAAGGGAGUG